AUGGCUUCCCAAUUUGAAGGAUUCAUAAAGAAAGACAAGAAUGAAAGCAGAAUCUCGUAUCUCGUCGAGACAAAGAAAGAUCAGAAUCCCUGUUUUCCUCAGGCGCCGUUCGAAAUCCUGAGCAACUAUCAGAGCCAAUUAAAGCGUUUGACUCCACAGAAAAGUAACGAGCCUACAGCCCCUCAAACGACAAACGGGACCCUAAAAUUUUCGAGUAAUCCUGUCGUGUCAGCUGUAUUCAUCAUGAAAUUAGCAAGAAUGAGAUUACACGAAGACUGUUCGUCGUAUUCUAUCAAUCCGUUUAAAUUUCAAUCCAUGAUAUCAGUAGAUAACUUAAAGGAUGUGGAACUUGCAUCCAAUCUUCUUAUGGCUGCUGAAAAUCUCUCCAUCCAACAAUUUGAUAGCGCGGAAAAAUUUCUCAAACAAUGCGUUCUUUUAGCUUCACCUUGUGACAGUCCUCUUCGAGGAAUUGUUACCUAUUUUACUGACGCUUUACGAGAAAGGAUUGAUCAAGAAAGGGGAAGGAUCGAUUUAGAGCGUAAAAUAGUAGAUUUAGAGGAAUACGCAAUGAUGUUUAAAUCUGUCUUUCUCUCGUGUGAACAAAAACUUCCCCUUAGUCAAAUAAGUCAAUUUACUGGAAUGCAAGCCAUUUUGGACAGUGUGGCAUCAGCAAGAAAAGUUCAUGUGAUUGAUUUUGGAAUCAGAAGUGGAUCUCAUUUGAUAAUUCUAAUGCAAGGUCUUGCUAGUCGAAAAGAUCAUCCAGUCGAGCUGCUGAAAAUUACUGCAGUUGGAAAGUCGAAAAAUAGGCUCGAAAAAACAGGUAAAUGGCUAUCAUCUUUUGCAGAAUCCUUGAAUUUGCCCUUUCUAUUCAAAACAGUGAUAUCAGAACUGAAUGACCUUAAGGAAGGUUUUUUCGAGGUGGAGGCCGAAGAAAUGGUGGCAAUAUUUUUGUCCCUGAAACUGUGUGGUAUAUUAGCCUGGCCCAGGCGCAUAGAAAAUUUCAUAGGAUUUGUCAAAAAACUCAAUCCAUGUGUAAUUGUUGUUGUUGAAAUGGAAGCGAACACAAAUACGCCAAUUUUUAUCGACCGAUUUUAUGAGGCAAUCUUCCUUGCUAGUGCAAUAUUUGACUUACUCAAUACCUGCCUAAAAGGGGACAGUAUGUUUAGGAAAAUAGUCGAGGAAACAUACUUCCAGCAGAUGAUUUUGAGUACGAUUGCAGAAGAGGGUGAAGGAAAGAUUCAAAGAUUCGCGAAAAUUGACUUCUGGAGGGAAUUUUUAGCAAGGUUUGAUCUUGUGGAAGCAGAGUUGAGUCCAUUGUCCUUGUAUCAAGCUAAUUUGGUUCUCAAGACAAGUCCUUGCUGGAGUUCUGCUACUGUCGACAUGAAUGGAAAAUCCUUGAUUUUGGGUUGGAAUGGAACCACUAUUUUAUCCCUUUCUGUUUGGAAGUUCGACCACAAGUUGGAAACAGAAACAAACUAA